GGUGAUGACUCCAAGGGCUACUUCAUACAACCUACCAUCAUUCCAACCGAAGAUCCUGAACCAAUCACCAUGAAAGAAGAAAUCUUUGGUCCUGUCAUCACUAUUUAUGUAUACGACAAUGCGAAUUAUGAGAAGACUCUGGAACUCAUCAAUAACACCUCGGCUUAUGCACUGACUGGCUCUAUCUUCGCCGCAGAUCGCAGAGCCCUUCUGACUGCCACAAACGAGCUACGCAAUGCUGCUGGCAACGUCUAUUACAACGAGAAAUGCACUGGCGCGGUCGUGGGUCAACAACUCUUUGGAGGAGGACCAACGAGUGGAACCAACGACAAAGCUGAGAGUAUUAGCAUCUUCUACUAG